AAUCGAUAUCGUCAUAGUUUCUCUUUACAAUUUACUGAUAACUACAAAUAUAGUCUCAGUAAAGACGCCUUUGCGGAAAGAUGAAGUUCACAUUUACAUUUUUAAUAUAUCUUUGGAUGAACUCAGUGCUGUGCUCUGAAUUAACAGCUGAUCAAAUAAAGCAGGCCCUUGAAAUCGAUGCGAUAAUCAAGGCCGAAUUUGAAAAUGUGAAAGGCUUUGCAUAUUGCAAUGAUGAGUACAAGGAAUAUCAUGCUGAAAUGAAGACAGCACGCAAGUGGGGUGCCAAAAAAAAUGCUAAGAAGCUGAAAGUUCUGCACGAUUAUCAAAGGUAUAACGUGGAAAGACUGGCUCUGGAGAAGCAGCUCUUAGGCUAUUGCGAAGAAAUCCAAAAGGCAAUUAGGGGAAAAUGUCAUGACACCUUUAGAAAACUGCGUAUAGAAUGUGUUGAUACUCUAACGAAGAGCAACAAAGAAAAAGGCGAGUUUAUUGAAAACUUGAAGGCUUUGAAAUGUGUCCUUAUGAUAAUGGAUAAAUCCAGGGACUAUCAUUUUGGGAAAUAGUGCUGGAAAUAGGUGUUGAUCGAUGACCAGACCUUGAUCAGGCCUUAAUAAUGUUGAAGAAGAGUCCCCCUAAUGAUGAGUCCCACCCCACCAGCAUCUACUGACUUAAAAGCAGACUUAUAAAUAUCAGGAUCAUUAUACAAUAUUUUCAAUUAUUUUAUUGUGAAAAUAUAAUGAAAAAAAAA